UGAUUGCUGCUGAGAAUCCAGUGACCCCAGCGCAGGGUUUAUGUGGCAGGUACUAUUGCUUCUCUCCGGCAGAGUCAGUUCACUUCUGACUCUUUCGUUCUUGAUCUCUAAUGCUGAGUUGCCAUAGGAUUCUUUGAUCAGCUGGCCAACUUGGAAACCCCUCCAGUGUUUUGACAGAGUUCCAGAAAAGAUGGCCUUAUUAAUCUAGUAGAAAGAACGUUAAGGAUGCUAUGAGGUUUAUGUUAGUCUGAUAAUGACAGAACCUUGAUAGCAUUUAAUAUCAGUGCUUUUUCAUAAAACUCAGUGUCCACAAUGAGUACUAACUUAAAAAAAAGAUAAAAAUAGAAUCCUCCUACCUUCUUAAAAGGCCUACUGUGAGUGCCAGUCUCAGUUUUCCUCCUCUCCACCCCUUGUUUAUUGUUUCCCUAUGGAAGUUUGCACCUGAAAAGGCAUGUGUUUCGAUUUAGAGAUGAUGUCUAUGGUAUGAAAUAGUGAAAGUUAAUUGAUUUGGGGAUGACACUUGCAGCUCUUGCUCAGGGAGCAUUAUCUAACCUACAGAGUUAAGUUAGAUGCAAUAGAAGAGAACUCUGCACGUGCUUUUAAACUCUUUUGUCCUCAUUUCAAAGCCCAGCUCAUUCUCGUAUUUUGUUAAGAAGCAAUGUGGUAUGACUGGGAUAAGGAAGAAAAAGGAAAGCAUGUUGUCACUUGAGACUGCCGUAGAAAUGUUUCCCAGUCAGGGUUGGGUGUUUCCUGUCCUUUGGAAGAGAACAGGCCUGAACAGUACCUUCCUCAUCCUGUAGCUGCAAGGAAGGCACCAUGAUCAAGGUUAGAGAUGACUUACUUUGCUGAUUUUUAGUUGAGUGUAAAUGAAACUAACUUUAAAUACACAAUGAAAAGAUGCUAUAUUUUUAAAGGACCUAUUUUGCAUAAAUUUUGUUUCUUGAACAAAAUGUGAAAAUCCUACAGAAUGAAAUUGCAAAGUCAAUGGGAGAAUCAGAGACCUAAUUUAAGUUUUGUGCCUGCUUGCUGGGUUUUGUGCACAUUAUUUAGUUUCGUUAAGCCUCAGUUUCUUAAUGUAAAAUGAAAAUAAUAUUUAUCUCAUAGAACUAUUCUAAAACUCAAAUAAAGGCUUUAAAGCCUUUCACACAGUGUCUGGCCCAGAGUAGCUAGGCUUAAUCAGUGGCAGCUGUAUUGAUAAUAAUAACAUAAUAUUAUUGAAUACUUUACUAGGCCAAAAAAGGAGAGAGAAAGAAGAGGACAUGGGGAGUGCAAGGGAGGGUGAUAACAAAAUGUGUAUGUAAAGUAGAUCACAUUAGGCAGGGGUGUCAUGAGGAUUAGUGUGAUAGUGACCUUGUUGCUAAGUGCAAAAGCAAAACAAUGACAUAAAAACAAGUAGGCUCAGCACUGAGUGGAGGAGAGGGAUGGAGGCAGACACUGCAGGAAAAAAAGCUGAUUAAAAAGGGGCCUUUGAUUCCACAGGCACAAAAAUCCACAGCCAGGAAUUUGCUGCCACCUCUGAGUCAGGCAGGGAUGUGGGGGUGGGGUGCACAAUCCCAUUAGUAGAGAAUGCCCAGUGGAUUUAGUCUGAGAGUCACAUUUCUUAUUUGGACCAGUGUAGACAGUAGCAAACCCAGCUCACUUGUUUCCUGGGACAGUUGAGUUAGGGGAUGGCUUUUGCAGAGCACUCACCGCUGACCCCUCACCGCCGGGACCUCUGUAGCCGCUCUAUCUGGCUAGCAAGGAAGAUUCGUUCAGACCUGACUGCUCUUUUGGAAUCUUAUAUGAAGCAUCAGGGCCUGAACGAGAACAUAAACCUGGACUCUGUGGAUGGUGUGCCAUUGGCAAGCACUGAUCAGUGGAGUGAGCUGACUGAGGCAGAGCGACUCCAAGAGAACCUCCAAGCUUACCGUGCCUUCCAUGUUAUGUUGGGCAGGCUUUUAGAAGACCAGCAGGUGCAUUUAACUCCAGCUGAAGGGGAUUUCCAUCAAGCAAUACAUACCAUUCUACUCCAAGUUGCUGCCUUUGCUUACCAGCUGGAGGAACUAAUGAUGUUCCUGGAACACAAGAUCCCCCCCAACGAGGCUGAUGGGAUGCCCAUCAUUGGUGGAGAUGGUGGUCUCUUUGAGAAGAAGCUAUGGGGCCUAAAGGUGUUGCGAGAGCUUUCACAGUGGACAGUGAGGUCCAUCCAUGACCUUCGAGUCAUUUCUCAUCAGACUGGGAUUCCAAUGCAUGGGAGCCAUUAUAUUGCUAAUGACAAGAAAAUAUAACAGUUAUCCCUCCUCUCUCUCCCUCCUUCCUUUUCUAAUGGAAUAUACACAGGCCUGAGACCUCACUUUCCCAUUCUUAAGUUUUGAAAGGUUGAAAGUUUCUAACCUUUGAGACCAUAGGCAUUUUCAUCAUCAAGUAGGGUUGGAGACAUGGACAAUUGGGCGUGCGUGUGUGUGGGGGGGAGCAUAAGGGAAUGGGGGCAAGGGCAGCAUCCUUCCACCUUAGUGCUCUAACCUUUUCUACCCACUAAGUUUAAGUUUACAAGGAUUUAACAGUCUGACAGGAUAAAUAAUAUGUUUAACUUUAGUCCUAGAUGACUUUUCUGGGAAGAUUGAAGCUUAAUUAAAAAUCCUGGACUCUAGCCAAUUCAAACUCUUGGAUAAUAAAAAUACUAACAUUUAUUGAGUAUCUACUAUAUUGUAGUGGUAUGCCAGGGGCUCUGUGUAUAUUAUAAUCUUCACAACAACCCUGUUGAGGGAGGUAGUGUUAUUCCCAUCUGGCAGAUGAGAAAAAUUAUAACUUGGUCAAGGUUACCCAGCUAGCAAAUGGCACACUUAAGUUUGAACCCAGAUAUUUCUCAUCCCAAAGGCUAUGUGUCCUUCACUUCAGAGGCCUGAUUAUGACCCUUUAUCACUGCACCUCUUUGCCACGGGGUUGGAAAAUACAUUCAAGUAUUCUAUCCUCAGCACUGGAAAACAAUCCCCAUUAUAUGUCCUGAUAGGUCAGUGACAUAAUUGUGUUAAAGAGGCAGUAUUUGUUGCCCACGCUUGGCAAAGAUGAGAGCAGUGGAGAUGUUAAGAUUCUGUUUGGGGAAAAGAGUAGGCUCACCAGACUUCUGAAAUUAGGAAACUGAGGAUGUGCAGUAAUACAGCCUGCUUUAUAAAGUAUCCACAAAUGUUUUGGGUUAGGCACAGCUCAUAGCAGCCUACCUCACGUUUACUGUGAUCAGCAGUGUGGCGAUACAGGCACUGUAAGCAAGCAUUCAUGGACAAUGGUUGGAAUAGUACUCAGGUUAAAAUGUCACAAACUCCUUUACCACACAUUCUCUGGACUUAGUCAUGAGGAGAGGGUGAGGCCCACUCUGUUCCCCGCGGGAAUGCCAGCGAUUCUGAAACAAUAUAGAGCACAGCUUCCAUGCUUCACAACAGAGGGGCAGGAUGCCCUGUUUAAUGUUCUUGAGAGAAACAGUGUGAAAGACAACUGGUAAAUGUGGGCAUUAAUGGAAAGGUCAUUUGUGGUCAUGCCUGUGAAACUAGUGGUGCAAUGUAAAUUCAAAAGUUCUCAGGUAUAAUGUUACUUCACACUACCAGUUAAACCCACCAUCUCGGAUGUGGGACCCAAAUCAAUUUAGUUUACUUAUUUGAAGCUCCUGUGCUCUUAAGUGAACCAUGAGUCAGAGGGGGCUAGCACACAUAGUUGCAUGAGAUGGGAUGGGGUGACCUAGCUCGUGUCUUUUUCCCACAAGGGUUUGUGUCCAAAACUCCCCGAGGUCAGUGUUAGGAGGAUUCUGGGUUGGGCACCGUGGCAAAACAGGACAUAAGGCCCUGCUCUGUAGUCUGCAUUUGUGGAAAUGAGCUUGUAUGCGUAGAAAACAUCAAUAAUGGUUGGAAUUGGGAGGGAGGCACAGGUUUAAGUGUUAGGGUGUUAAAAGGAGCUCAGCAAGGGCCCAAAAUCCCUUUCUGGAGGAGGGCAGAGUUCAGUUGUGUCUCAGAGGUUGUCUGAGUACCAAAUGAGAAAGAUGUGACUACAAAUUCUUAGUGGGGAAUGACUGAUUACAGACUUGCGGAAUCUGAAAGGAGUGACCCCUCUCCGAGGGUUUGUCCUUAUAUUCAGCAGAUGUGGCAGAGCAGAUGUCGGCAGAAGUUUCAAAAGUCAAUGGAACAUGGCUUAAGCCCUGAGUUACAUGUGAAGGAGUAUUUAUACAUAUAAGAGGCAUAUUUAAAGUGGCAGAGGGUCCAGAAGAGGUACAAGUACUAACUAUUGAAUGGGAGGAAAUAGGAAGCUCUAGAAGUCUCGAUUAGGUCACAAGCAGCAAGUCUCGAGAGUGUACUCCCAGCGUUGGGCUAAGAGUUCCGUACCAGUUUCUUCUUCAAAAAAACUUGCAAUAUGCCUCAAAAGAAGUAUAGAGAAAAUCCUUAGAAAAGUGUAGAUAAAAUAAGGGAGAAGUGAGCACUUAACUUUAAAAACAAAGUCAUAAGCGUGAAUGGAUCUAAAUGUGUAGACUGCAUCAUGCUUAUCUGAAAUGGACAACACCGUGAAGAAGGGACCAACAAUAGGUCCAUGUUCUAGGUGUGUGUCUUAAAUACAGAUAGGAAUAAUGGCAACACUGUGGAAGUAUGGUUUCUUUAAGGAUCCAGAACCGAAAAGAGAUUUUUGGCCUUUAGAUUUUAGUUUCCUUGUUCCUUAGAUCUAUAUAUGGAUCGGAUCUCUGGGGAAUCAUAUUUUUAUAUAUGUGUAAACUAUAUUACAUAAUACAUAAAUAUAAAAUUUAUAUAUAAUGUAUAACAUGUAACUAUAUAGUGAUAUAUAUGUUAUAUGUGUGUGUGUGUGUAAUAAUAAAAAGGCAUGAAUGUAGUUCCUAACCCCUAACUUGUAUUUUGUAAAGAGUAUUCCCACAGCCUGUAGAAGUCCUCUGCGGGAGAGAGAUUCUGUUUUCUUGAAUCUGUUAAGGAAUUGCAUAUAUGAGAGAAGAUAAACUCUUUUUACAUUGAUUUGAGAAGGUGAUUUGGAAAAAAUUUGCAAAUUGGCACAAACUCAUAGGCCAAGCAUCGAAUAAAAUUAGCUUUGAAAUGGGUCUGAGGGAAUUGAGAGUUUUUAAUAAAGUCAUAGCCUUGGUACUGCUGUCAUUCCAGCCUCAAACAAGCAGAGGACCAGUAAAUAUUUUAGGGAGACCUAUCUCAGAAGUGGUUUAGAAUGACUGAAUCCUUAGCUCCGCAAGUAGCUGAGCACCUUCUCUAUAUUAAUACUAAGGAGUAAAAUAGAAAUGCAGGAAGCAAAGGGGCUUUCACCAUGAUGAGAAAGGGACUGGUGAAGAGAAAAGGGGGAAAAAAGGAGUUUGGAUAUUACUUCGAUUGACUUACGGUGUGUGUGCAUGUGGGUUAGUCUCUAGACAGUGUUUAGGCCAGGGCAUUUAAAAAGAAUGGUUUGGCCUCCUGCUUCGUCCCACCCAAGAAUGAACCCUCUGAAUGUUGGUACGUUGAAAAAGUGGAAAUGAUAAAAAUGCCAUCUUUCCAUUCAAAAGUUUCUAUAGAGCUCUAAAGUCUACAGAUAAAGACAGUAAAAAUAUAAUUUGAUCUUUUGGUGAAAUGUGUGUGGGGUGUGCAGUAACAUCCAUGUGCAUGUGAUUCUUACAUUACUUGGAUCCAUCUAUUUUUGGCAGAUAGAAAAUAAAGAUCCAAGAACGGCUAACAAUAAAGAUCUCGCCUCAGC